AUGACCCCAGAACCCAACGGCGCCAGCGGCAGUGGGGCCACCAGGGAGGAGGCGACGGUGAAUGUCCCGGCCAAGGACCCCAAGAAGAAAGAUGAAAAGAAGGACGAUGAUCUGUCAGAUGAGGAUUUGGCAUUGAAGCAGCAAUUGGAAUUAUAUGUUGAAAGGGUUCAGGAUGCUGAUCCCGGGUUGCAGAAGGCUUCCCUUGAGAGUAUGAGGUAUGGAGAAGGUUUAACGUGUUUUUGCCCCCCUUCAUGA